AUGCCGCAACACCGCCCCACCGUCAGCGCGUCAACAGCAAUCCCGUCCCCGCUCCGCGUAAUGCUGCUCUACGUCGAACCCCUCUUCGCCCUCAGCGGCGUGGCAACCGUCCUGCUCAACCCAGACAAAUACACAUCCACUCUCACCCGUGGUAACGUAAUACAUACAGACCCGCGUCUCGCUUUCCUUUGGACAACCGUGGUGGGUGGGUGGCUGCACUUCGCCUUCACGGAAGCCGUCGUGUUGCGACUUGUAGAUGACCUUGGAGUGUGGAGAUUGCUGUGUAUUGGCAUGCUCUUGUCGGACUUGGCAUAUACGCAUUCUUGCGCGCAGGCGCUGGGCGGCUGGGCUGAGUGGGUAGAUGUCACACGGUGGACGUCGGAGGACUGGGUGGUUACGGUGACUACUUGGCCGUUUAUAGUGGUAAGGAUGGCGAUUGUGUUUGGGAUUGGUGUUCGAGUGCCGAAGGGAGGAAUGGUGGCGGUGACUUAG